AUGGGAGCGGAGAGCGACGCCCCACCAGCACCGCCAGCACCACCGACACCACCGACACCACCGACACCACCGCCAUGCCCAAGCCAAAGCCCAAACCCAAAGACCCCAAGCGAACCGGUACCAGCACCAGCACUAGCACCAGCACCAGCACCAAACAACCCCCGACCACCCCCAACUGGCCCCCUCUGCGCCCCCCUCCUCCCCUCCUCCGAUCUCACCCUGACCCCCCUCGUCCCGCACCAAAUCUACCUAAUCCGCAACUUCCUCCCCGCAUCCCUCUGCAAGACCUAUGCCGCCUUCCUCUCCUCCCUCCCACUCACCACGACCCCGGGCCGCCCCAAGAAAGACGAGGCCGUGCGCGUCAACGACCGCUUCCAAGUCGACGAUGCACGCUUCGCAGAGACACUAUGGAGCACAACCGCGCUGCGCGAGCUCGUAACGGAACGCUUUGACGGAGACCACGACGACGAGUACGAGCACGAGCACGAGCCCAAGCCCGAGACCGAGACCGGCGACGGCGACGCCCACGUUCACAAUCGCCUCGCUCAGACGCGCGCGCUUUGGGGCGGCAUCCCGCUCGGCCUGAACCCGAACAUCCGCAUUUACCGGUACACGGAGGGGCAGUUCUUCGGGCAGCAUUAUGACGAGUCCAAUGCAUUGACAUUCCUCCCCGCGGGUGCGACGCGCGCUGCCCCCGCGCGCACGACCUGGACGCUGCUCGUAUAUUUGACGACGUGUGCGGGCGGCGAGACGGUAUUCUAUCCGGAGGCGACGCGCGCGGAGCCGCGGCCGGCGGCAUUGGCGGUGGCGCCGGAGGUGGGGAUGGCGCUCUUGCAUCGGCAUGGGGAUGCGUGUAUGCUCCAUGAAGGGCGGGAGGUGACGGGCGGGGAGAAGUGGGUGUUACGGAGUGAUUUGGUGGUUGCGCGAUGA